UUUAUAAUAUGAUGAGUAUCAUUAGUUAUUUACUUGAGCACACAGGUCAUCAAUUUUCAUAGCGUUUCACAAAGUCCACUGGGCUAAAGCUGAUGAUCGUAACUCGAUUCACGGUCAUCUCAAGAUGGCGAAUGAAACUGAAACAUUAGAGGGUACACCGUGAAUACAUUGAUUAUACAUAAAAAGAAAAUAGCAGAUCGAUUGGUUUGAACGUUCUCGUAUUUAAAUGAACUCCUGAAAUUCGUUUUGUGAUAUAUAUGGAAAAUUUAUCGUACUAGAAAGAAACAACGAAACAAAAUGUCGAAAAUUUUGUACAUAACCUUUAUUAGUUAUAUUAUUAUCACUUCAUAUCAUGGAAUAAAUGCUUGCACUUCUGCAAACUGCCUGUGUCGAGAACAGUUGCCAAAAAUAUAUGUUAUUUGUAACAGCAAACAGUUAACGUCAGUACCAGAUGGUAUAGAAGCAAAUACUACAAAUCUGCUGUUAUCGGUUAAUCGUCUCAUCGCAAUUGAGGGCAACGACUUUUCUGGACUCACAGAAUUGAAAAUAUUAAAAUUAGAUAAUAACGAGAUUGUCAGUAUUGCAGCAGAUGCGUUUCAAGAUCUUAUAUCGUUAACAGAAAUACAUCUUAGCGCUAACCAAAUAACCAGUUUACCUUCAGGAUUAUUUUCUGCCAACGUUAUUCUCCAAAAUGUAUAUAUAAAGGACAAUAAUCUGACCAUGGUAUCAGCUGCUGUAUUUAGAGCGAUAACACAUAUAACUACAAUAUCACUGACAAAUAAUCCGCUUGUAUGUUGCAAUAUGACAGAUUUGUUAAUUUGGAAAUACAACCAAUCAAGUAUGCCUGACGGAGCCUUUAAAGCAAUGUGUUAUGACUUUAAUACAGAGACUGAUAUCCAUUCCUUUGAUUCGUCAACUUGUUUAAUAGUUGCUGGACAGUGGAGUAUGUGGAUAAAUUCCUCUUGUUCAGUGACCUGUGGGGAUGGAAUAAUUACACGAACAAGAACUUGCGAUAAUCCAGUGCCUUCAGACGGUGGUGAUGAUUGUUUUGGAUCCAGUAAUGAAACAGUACAGUGUAACGUAGACCCUUGUCCACGUUCUACCUCAGGGCCAGAAUUAAAAACAUUGGUUAUCAGUCUUGUCUUAGGAAUUUCUGCUGCUGUCGGAAUUGCGAUUUUCAUCAUAUUAAUCUCACUAAAAAUGAGUUCGCUGAAAAAAGUGAAAAAUAAAAGUACGGAUGACAUUUCAACAGUCGAGAAACACCAUAAAGCAUGGACAUAGAUAAAAAAAAAAAAAAAAAAAAAAGAGACUACGUUACAUACAAUUCAAUGUGCGUGAUACAACUAAUGGCAAAAGGGCAUUCAUGGCAGCUGAGUAAGGGGAUUAAUCCAACUGAUAUCAGAUCAAAAAUAUAAAAAACACUGAAGUUUUUUUCUUCAAUUGUUAGAUCUACUCUUUCUUAAUGUAAUGUUGCACAGAUGCACUAUUAUUUUUUUAAUUUCUUUUCAUAAACGCUAUGACAUCAAUAUUUGUGAAACAACUCUUUAUCCAACUAUACUUAUCGUCUAAUAAAUGAAGUAAGGUGUGCUUAAGUUUCAAUGAAUAAUAAUGUCCGCUACAAGUAUAUACAAAAAACAAGAGAAAGAAAGAGAGAGAGGAUUAUGUUCAAACCGGAUACAGAAUGGCCUUUUUCGAUUGCGAAAUGAUACAGAUACAAAUCUGUGAACUAGCAAUCAUUAUUAACAAUGAGAGUAAGAUAUAAAACACACUUAAUUUACUAACGACAAACACAUGACAUUGAAUAUACAUAAUUUAUGGCAAAAGACAAGAGACAAACGUUUCCUAUGUCCCGUCUUUUUCGCGUAUAAGAUUGAAUUUACGCACGUGCAUGAUCACGUUAAUUGAAAUACGAAAACACUAUUAUCAAGGGGUACAAUCAAAAUCACGUGAUGGAUAUACACACACCGGAAGUAACAGUCGAGCAGACCGCUUGAAAGGUAAGUAGUCGUAUUUACUUGUUUAUAUCAAUAAAAUUUAAUAAAUAACGUAGUGCACCGAAUGUCGGAUACUAUCUAGUUUUGAAAUACACAAUUAUCCUUGCUUGAAAGCGUGCAGUUAAUGCUAACACUUCGACACAGUUAUCCGUCGAAAAGUUGGAACUGUGUCGAAGUGUUUGCAAUAACUGCACGCUUUCUAGCAAAAAAAAAUGUGUAUUUUAAAACUACAUACUAUCCGACAUUCGGUGUGCCAACUUAUUAAUCAAAAUUUAAUUGAUAUAAACAAGAAAAUGCAACUACCAACCUUUCAAGCGGCGAGUUCGACUAUAAUCUGGUGUGUGUAUAUCCAUCACGUGAUAUUGAUUGUACCCCUUGUAUUAUGGUAAAAGUUCAUUAUGCUGUUUUAAGUUUGCGGGAAAAUUAACCUUGCAGAUUAUGUAUUACAAUGUUGGACGUGUAAACUGCAAACUGCUUCAAAUAUAACACUUUUUUUAUUUCAGUUACUUGUUCAUAACGAAAUGACAUUUUAUUAUAAAUUAUGACCAUGAAACAGUGCUUAAAUGAGCUCCAUACAAGCACUUUUCUCACCAUUUUUGUGACAUGUGUAUAUAAAUUUAGCUUGAAACAGUUUAUUUACAAACGAAUUGUAAUUUCUUUUUAUUAUAUACAUUUUAGUUACAUACAUUUCAGUUACAUACAUUUUAGUUACAUACACCACUUGUAUUUGUAAAUAUUAUAAUUUAUAAGUAUAGAUAUGUGUUUACAAUUAAUGAUUAUGCAGUUGAACGAAGCUGAACAUGAACGAAUGAUGUUUUUUUUUGUAAAAUAUACAGGAUAAUUUAAAUGUUUAAUUUUUUUCCGAUGUUGUGGAUGUGUUUUAAGUUUUAUUCACUGAAAAAAUGACAUACCGCUUUGCAAUAUAUAAGACUGUGAUACAGAAUGUUUGUGUAUUUUUCUCUUUCUUUGUACGAUACAUUUGUAAAUAUGGAUUAUAGGACCGAUAUUAAAGUGUAUAAAUCAAUUUUAACACUUCAAAAUUGCUUUCUUUUUGUAGUUAUAAUGUACAUGUAUAACUGCAUGUGUUGAACAUUCUCAUUAUAAGAAAAAAAAACCUGACAAAGCCAUGCUAAAAGUAAAAAAGACAAACAGACAAACGAUAGUACAGAAGACACAAUAUAAUAGAAAACUAUAGACUAAGCAACACGAACCCCACAAAAACCUGGGGUGAUCUCAGGUGCUCCGGAAGGGUAGGCAGAUCCUGCUCCACAUGUGACACCAGUCGUGUUGCUUAUGUUAUUAUAAAUUCAGUAAAAAAUCUUAUACGGUAGGUCACAUUCGUGAAAAGGGAAGGUUCAUGCUAAAUAUAACAUUGCUUACUAAUCGGAAGAACCCAUAUAUGAUAUGCAGACGCGAAUUGAAGAGGCAUUCAGAAUCCUAAGUCGAAAACCAACAGUUACAGGACGAAAUAUGCAUCAUGUUAUCCUCGACAUUUAACAUCAUCGGAUGCGCCUAAUCAACGAACGUAUGUUUACAUGAGCUACAUAACGGAUAAACAUUCUACACAGGACUUGCUUAUUAUUGCAGAACACCAUAGAUCAUCACCUGUUUAUUGUGGGGCGCAAGUUUCUCAGUCUUUGUUUCUAGAAUUUUUGUUUUCUCGUGGGUAUUUUUAUUUCUAAUUGCGUUGUGGGUUUGUGAUCAAUUUACAUUUACAUAUUUGAAUAUCGCUUUUACAUUUUCAGCCUCUCUUACUCUAAAGUUGGCUCAGGUUUCUUGCUCCAGCUUCGAUUUUGAGGAAGCAGAUAACAGUAGGUCUAGGUCUUUAAGGAAAUGAUCAAAUUUUGAGAGUAGUAUGUUAUUCUACUUUUGAUGUUUAUAUUGAAAAUAAUGCGUUUUAUCAAACUGACGACUGUAAUUUCUAAAAAAUCACCAUAUUUAUGCUCAGUUUUUUCCAACUUUGCCAAAUAAGGUUAGAUAACUCAGAAAGUAGAGAAUAUAACUGAGAUACAGUAAUUCUAUAAUAGAAAGUGUUGUGAUUUUACCUAUUUUGAUAUGUUGCAAGAAAACAAGUUCGAUGACCCAUUUUUUUCUGUUCUUCCUGUCAGCAUGUUAUAAGAGUUAUCUUCUCACAAUUUAGUCUUAGUUCUAUAGUUACACGACAUAAUCAGAUAUAGUGAACCGUAUAAAGACAAUAGAUGCACAUUGUGUUGCGUAAAAUACAGAAACAAAUCGAAAAGAAGGUUAUGUUCCUUAAUGUACCGUUUGCAAUAAAAAGAAUUGAAAUAAGAUAUUAAAUUAUUGUGUAAAAUAAACGCUAAUGAAUUGACUUUCGGAAAAAAGGUGCUUUUUAAAACUAGUCGUAGUAUAUUUUUGUCAAUUGUUGAAAAAAAAUGUAUUGACUUA